CUGUUGUCAUCUUUGAAGGCGGCGGUCAAUCCAGCACAAAAGCCAUGUCGUACACUUAUGUCUUUGAUGAAGAUUACUUUGACCAGAAUGAAUCCUACGUUGUAGACGGUGUCUUUACCCCGAAUCCAAAGACGUUUGUGUGUGAAUUAAAACCACUGGAACCCACAGCAGCCGUGACCAUGUGUGUCAUCCUCACGGCCAUCUUUUUACUGGCGAUACCGGGAAACCUGCUGGUGGGCUGGGUGAUCGGCACCAGCAGGAAGCCGCUGACUCCGUCAGAUGUGUACUUGUUUCACCUGACGGUGGCAGACGGUCUGAUGGCCCUGGUGCUCCCGUUCUACGCCGUGUCGGUGGUCCGGGGUUGGCUCUUUGGAGACUUCAUGUGCAAGCUCAUCAGCCUCAUCUUCGAAGCAAACUUCUACACCAGCAUCAUCUUCCUGGCGUGCAUUAGCAUCGACCGCUACCUUGUGAUUGUGCGCGCCAGUGAGACACUCGGGAGUCGCCAGAGGAUGUGCAGCCGGCUCCUCUGUGCAGCCGUGUGGGCCCUCGGGUGGGCCCUCGCUCUGCCCGCCCUUUUCAACGACGCCUUCGUUCUUGACAAAGAUACAAACAGGAUGAUUUGCUCUGAACAAUUCGACAUCGGCAGUGCCAUCUUAUGGAGGCUCACCGCUCGUGGGUUCCUCCAUGUUUUCGGCUUUCUGGUCCCUCUGACGGUCAUGUUAAGCUGCUACAGCGUCACCAUCUGGAGGCUGCUGCACACUCGUGGUUUCCAGAAGCAUCGGGCCAUGCGAGUGAUCACAGCCGUGGUGAUUGCGUUUCUGCUGUGCUGGACACCGUACCAUAUAACCAUGGUGGUGGACCUGCUGAUGAGGGCUGACCUCAUACAGUAUGGCUGUGCUAUGAGGAUUUCAGUAGACAUUGCCUCGACUGUAACCAAAGGCCUGGCUCUGUUCCACAGCUGCAUCAACCCUUUCCUCUACGCAUUCGUGGGGGAGAAGUUCAGGAAAAAGAUGUCACUACUUCUUCAGAGGAAACGCCAGGAAAGGUUGUCGGGGUCGAAGUUCAGCAGGUCUUCGUCUCAGACCUCAGAUGGUGGAGCUGUUUUCUGAAGCUGUAAAAUAAAUACUGCUUUGCCACAUUUUUACUGUGACACGCUGAUAUUUCGCAGCGUGUUUAAAAUGACCAUGUUCGUCAUCUUGGUCCUAACAUUUGCAGUAUUCUCAGUAUGAAAGUGUGCACUUAAAUGUCAAACGAUUCAACCUUGUGUCAUCUUACAACAAUCACAUGACUUCUAAGUUGAUCAGUAGGUGUCUGCUCUUAUGCAAAGUUAAAGUUUAGAUGUUAAAACUGUAGGCCUCUCAGUAGGAACUCAAUGCAGCAAACUCAGUAGACCUCUCAUUAUUAAAUUGUCUUCACUGUCUGGAUUUACCUGAUCAAGUCCACACCAAACACAAGGCUGGUGUUUGGUCAUUGAGUUGUUACAGAAACUUAGAUUUCUUAGAAACGUAGAAACCCUGAUGCUAAGUCGGAAACAGUUGCCCAAGCCGUGUAAAUAUUGCACCGUCUGUUGCUCUGAUUCCUGUUGCAACUACUCAGAGAUUUUUUUACUUGAUCAGAAUUCUUCCUGUAUCCGUUUCCGUCUUUGUGAAGUCUAUUAUAUUUUUUUUACAAGUAUUUCCCACAUGGAGCCAUGAUGCAGACAUGGGGAUAGAUUUAGUCCAAAACUGAGAAAGUUCUGCUCGUCUUUUUACUACAAAUCGCAGUUUUUUGUUUCAGCGAUCACAGGUGUCGUCAUUUAAGUGAUAUCGCACACCUCUGUCGUCAACUGUAGGUACAAGAGGGAAUGUCAUAACUUCAUAAAUGUGGAAGAUUACUUAUCAGGCUUACAGAAAGAGUUAAUAAUGACAAUACAGGUUAUUUUUUCUCUUUGUAAGGAAGUCAUCUGAAGUUGGACAGUGCAGGAUGUUUCAGUCUACUUCAGUGUUAUAGCAGUGGAUCAUAAUGUGACCCACUGCUGCCAUCUAUUGUCAUUCCUCUGGUGAUGCUUGUUCAGUCUUUGAGCUGCGUUCAUUCCUCCUUGUUGCUCAGUCGUGAAGCCUCCAGAGCUACAUGGUGAUAUCUACUAAAGAUCUUCUGUGCAUUCUAUGAUUUAACGUGUUUUUAGUCAAACAGUGUUGGAGCGCAUGUAUUUGUUAUCUGUAAAUGAAAUGCACCAAAAGGAAUUCAACCUGUUACUGUGUUGUAUGGGCCCUCAAUUCCUAUGAAUUUCUAUGUUCAUGAGUUUAUUUAUAUUAUCCAAGCAUUUAUAUGCCGUAACGUUUGUGUAAACUAUGAAAUAAAUAUUGCUGUCUGUGUAGUAAAAAUGAUUAAAAAUGAUUUUCAGAUGCUGUGCUCUGAUUUGUGAAUAAAUAAAAAUAAAAUGCUUUGCUGUU